AUGGCCGGGCAGGGCGGGCGGGCGGCGGCGGGCGCGGGGGCUCGCGCCGUCCGGGGCGCGGCGGGGAGCGGCGGCGACUCGAAGCGGCGGGAGCGCGCGGGCCCGCACAGUGGCCGCCCGGCUCCGCGCCGCGCCCCGCGCCCAGGACGCGCCCCCGCUGCCCACCCGGAGGGAGAGCCGCGUCCCGGGAACCAUGCGCCGCGGAGCCCCGGCCCGGACGGGCCCGCCGAGGUGGCUGCUGCUGGCCGUGACCGUGGGACUGCUGGCCCCGAGCGUCCUGGCGGGCGUGAAGAAGUACGACGUGCCGUGUGGCGGCAGAGACUGCAGUGGCGGCUGCCAGUGCUACCCCGAGAAAGGAGGGCGGGGCCAGCCGGGACCGGUGGGCACCCAGGGCUACAGCGGGCCGCCGGGCCUGCAGGGCUUCCCCGGCCUGCAGGGCCACAAGGGAGAGAAGGGCGAGCGCGGCCGGCCCGGCGUCACGGGACCCAAAGGCGAAGUGGGGGUCAGAGGCGUGUCCGGCUUCCCGGGGGCCGACGGGAUUCCCGGGCACCCGGGCCAAGGCGGUCCCCGAGGGCCGCCCGGCCACGACGGCUGCAACGGCACCCGUGGAGACGCCGGCCCGCAGGGGCCUUCCGGCACCGGGGGCAUCCCCGGCUCUCCCGGGCCCCAAGGGCCGAAAGGGCAGAAGGGCGAGCCCUACGCACUGUCCCCCGAGGAGCGCGGCAAGUACAGGGGGGAGCCCGGCGAGCCGGGACUGGUCGGCUUCCAGGGUCCCCCCGGCCGCCCGGGGCCCAUGGGGCCGAUGGGGCCAGUCGGCGCUCAAGGGAGACCGGGCCCGCCGGGACCCCCCGGACCCAAAGGGCAGCAGGGCAACCGCGGACUGGGCUUCUACGGAGAGAAGGGCGAGAAGGGCGAGAUGGGCCUGCCGGGGCCCAACGGGGUUCCGUCCGAGGGGCAGCCCGUCACGGGCCCCAGCAAGGACACGCUGCACCUGGAGCACUACAAGGGCAUCAAGGGGAGCCAGGGGGACCCCGGGCGGCAGGGCUACGGCAUGAAGGGGGAAGACGGCAUCGUGGGCUUCCCGGGAGAGCGGGGCCUGGCCGGCUACCCCGGAGAGAAGGGAGACCUGGGCCUGAGGGGAACCAGAGGUCCUGAUGGCUACCAAGGCCCCGACGGCCCGCCCGGACCCAAGGGAGAACCCGGCGUCCAGGGCCCCCCCGGCCCCCCAGGCUACUCCCCGCACCCGUCCCUCGCCAAAGGCAUCAGAGGAGAACCCGGGUUCCCGGGGCCCCACGGGGAGCCGGGCAGCCGUGGGCAGCCAGGAGACCCCGG